AUGGGUUCCGCCUGUGUUGGUUGGUGCGGGAGCAGAUGUGCGCGAUGUGCGGGGCAGCGGUUCCUCUUGAAGGGCGACCAAACAGGAGCUAGAGCAGUACACGCCCACCCCGGCAUCAGCAUCAAACGAGUUUUCGCCCACCCUGUACUCGGUCGAGGAGGCAAAGCCGGCGGCGCCUGUGCAGCGCACGAGCUUGUCGUUGGCCUCGAACAGGCGCGUGGACCAUCCAGAGGAGGCCCACUACCCGCUGCAGCCCAAUCUGCUCCGCUAGCAGCUGCCCUACUCGGCCGAGUCGCCAUUGAGGCGUCUGCCGUUCUCAGGGCGCUCGUCGGGCGACGGCCGCUUCCGCAAAGCGUCGUCGGAGCGCUCGAGCUCCGCAGGCCGCUUGCCGCCACCGAUUUUUGGUUAGGUGCCCACGGGGAGCACAACGGGCGUGCUCAGCAACGACUCGGAGGUCGCAGAGGGCUCCGAGGACGCCUGGAUGGAGCUCAAGCCCUACCUCAAGGCGCAGACUGUUUCGAGCGUCUACGCCAUCUAGAGUGUUCUGUCCGGUGGCUGCUCCCUGACGCCUUCGCCAACGCUCAACGAGAACCUCACACAGAUCAUCAAGAUUGUGUCCAGUAUCGUCGCUGUCUGCCACAACAACCUCCCGCCCGCGUCGGUGCAGCAGGGGAACGACAUCCUGCGCGAGCUCAGCAACCACAUGAACAAGCUUAG